AUGCCGUACGACAUCGUCCACGUGUAUAACAUCGACAAAAGAAAACAUAAGGAUCUUAUUGACUCUAAACUAGACAGAAGACGAAGGGGAGUAUUCGGGCCGCCUGUGCUGAAAAGACAAGUAUUUUUUAUCGACGACUUUAACAUGCCAGCACUUGAAGUAUUUGGAGCUCAACCACCAAUAGAGUUAAUCCGACAGUGGAUGGAUUUUGGAGGAUGGUAUGACAGAAAAAAUAUAGGCGAAUUUAGAAAAAUUAUUGACAUAAACUUUGUAGCAGCUAUGGGUCCACCAGGUGGUGGUAGAAACCCCGUAACAGCUAGACUUCUAAGACAUUUUCACUAUUUGACAUUCCUAGAAAUGGAAGACGAUAGCAAGCUUAAAAUAUUCGGCACGAUAUUGGACUUUUGGCUACACCGAGCUCCAGAAGGAUUUGAAAAAUAUUUCAAUCAAAUGCUUACAUCCACGCUUACAGUUUAUACAACUAUCUUACACGAACUUUUACCCACCCCAGCGAAAACACAUUAUACAUUUAACUUGAGAGAUCUGAGUAAAGUUUUCCAAGGAAUUUUAAUGUUCGAUGCUGAAAAUCUUCAGGUGAGAUUAUUUUAA